AUGGAAAACUCUUCUUGUUUUCCAGUUCUGAUCUCUUCCUUGUUGAUUGGAGCUCUGAUCAUCUCCGCCAAUGCUGGCGGAGACCACGGGGAGUUUGGCUCGACGCCUGUUACAAUAGGUUGCCGAGGCUCCGUUGCGGAGUGCAUGGCCGGUGACGAAUUCGAAAUGGACUCCGAGAUCAACCGGCGGAUAUUAGCAACCAUCAACCACAUAAGCUAUGGUGCUCUACAGAGGAAUGUUGUUCCAUGCUUUCAGAGGGGUGUUUCUUACUACAAUUGCCAGCCAGUUUGA